AUGUCGGACCGGACCGACCCCACAGUCCAGUCUGACCCGGCUGCGCCAGCUGCGGCAGCUGCGGCGACAAGGACGGCCGCAUCGUCGCGCUCAUCUGCCCCAAAGGUGCGUCUCAGCUGUGAGGCCUGUCGUCAGCGUAAAGUCAAAUGCGACAAGCUGAGUCCUUGCACCAGCUGCGUGCGCUUGGGAUUCGUCUGUGUCCCGGUGGAGCGUGCCCGUCUCCCGCGAGGUCGUACUCGCAAGGCUCCCGAGCGAGCACAAGGCUCAGAUAAGGAGCUGGCGGAGCGGGUUGCCAAGCUCGAAAAGCUUUUGAAGCAGGUAGCAACAGAGCGCAAUGGAGAGGCUGCAAACCACGAGCAGCCAUCAUCGCGGCCAAGCGCCGCCGCAAGUCAGCCCGAGGACCGAGACCAGUUUGAAACGAAGAUGCAAGAGGUCGAAAGUUGGCGAGAUCAGAAUGCUCAGUCCCACACGAUAAUCUUGCCACAUCGGCCACGGCCUUCUACGACAUACAUCGCGAGCUCAUUUUGGGAGGACAUCAUGCAGCAGACUCAAGAAUUGCGCCAUGUCCUAGAUGAUCGCUUGGAGUAUGAACAAGCAGAGGAGGAGGAAGUCAGGAGCCAACCUGGCUUCGGAGCUUCGUUGGUGGGCUCCGAGACCUCUGAGAGUAUGACCAGCUCACCGCAGUCGCAGAGAGGAUUUCAAAUUCCUCACCACAUACGGCGGCAGCUGUGCGAGAUCUACCUGAGUAACGUGGAUCCUGUGUUUAAAAUUCUGCAUCGGCCUUCACUGCGGGCCUUUCUUUGCGACGAACAGCCUUACCUCGACUAUGAACAGGAUCACCAAGCCCCCAUGACCUUAGCCUGGGCCGUGUUCUAUGCAGCCGUUUGCACCAUCGACAAUAGCCAGUGCCAACUGCUGUUUGGUAUGGACAAGAAGCCUGUCACAGCCGAAUUACAAAGGGAGACAGAAGCUGCAUUGGUCAAGUCGGAUUUUGUGACCACCAACGAAUUGACAGUACUCCAGGCUUAUGUACUUUCAUUGCUGGCGGCUCGAUGCCAAGAUCAAAGCCGAAGAGUGUGGACAAUGAGCUCCAUGGCCCUCCGUGUGGGCCAAGCGCUCUGUCUUCACAUGCCGGUACCUCCCUUUCAUGUCAGCCCGUUCGAGCAAGAGCUUCGGCGGCGUACAUGGCAAGCGAUUGGCGUGCUCGACUUGGCCGCCUCGCUGGACCGAGCCUCCGAGCCGAUGAUGCAAUCGGCCUGGCUGGACUAUGUUCUCCCCGCGAACAUUAACGAUGAAGAUAUCUGGCACGGCAUGGAUGCACCCUUUCAGGAGCACCCUGAGAGCGUGUUCACGGAUAUGACCCAGACUUUGAUCAUUGCGGCUGCCCAGUCAGUCGCUCGGUCGAUUGGAUUCACUGACUUCAUUGAGCCGACAGUGCGGUCGUCACAGAAGCGACAGGAAGUCCUCGCGAACUUCAGAAAGACAGCGAAUGCACGUCUAGUGCAAUGCAACCGGGACCAAUCAGCAUACCACCUCUACGUUUCCCGUGUCACUCACACUCUCUUCGGAUGGCUGCAAAUGGGCUGCGUUCGACCGAUCCAGCGAAACAGAAACUGGAUACCUCCGCCUGUUGAGGGGGACAUGCUGCUCAGCCUGGCGGCUGACAAUCUGCAAAAAGUGAUGGAAAUAGCCAGUGAUCCUGCGAUGCAGCCAUGGACCUGGUUUGGGUCUCUCUGGGUUCCAUGGCACGGCCUGGCCGUCGCGCUCGCAGAGAUUUGUGUUUGCCAGGAUCCAGCAACCAUUGCAAAACAUUGGCCUCCGAUUGAGCAAGUCUACCAUCAUUCGAGUUUUGUGAUUGCAGACUCGCAGCAUGGAAUGCUGUGGAAACCGCUCCAGAAAUUGAUGAAUCAGGCACGAACCCACCGAAAGCGGCUGCUCGGCAGUGACUCUGCCACUGCCCCAAACCACCAGAUUUCACCUCCCCAGCAUCCUGCAAAGAACAUGGCUUCAUCGCCCCUUGCUCCCGUCAGCAGCCACUACGGUCUUCAAUCGACGAUGGCCGCAGAUUCAUCGGGGCUUUAUGGAAUUGACCAGCAGGGGCCGGGUGUUUUUGCUGCUGGUCAGCGAUUUGAUAACCCCGUCCCCAUGGCUACACCUGCGUUUACACUUGAACCAUGGCCAAGUGUCUGGGACCACUUGGACUUCAUGGGAAAUCCAGGAGUACAGCCCCAAGCAGACAACAAUGCAUGGCUCAAUUACGAGAGCUUCAUUGGGGACGUGUAUGACAGUGUUGACUGUACCUUUCAGCCCCGGUAG